AGAGGGCGAGAGAGAGAAUCAGUGUGAGAGAAGAGGAGGCAGGAGGAGAGACAGAGGGAGCAGCUGAGGAGGAGCCCAGGGACCCAGAGCUGAGCAGUGACUGCAGAGAGGACACGGGGCACCCGCGGCUUCAGCUGGGGCAGAGGAGGUGGCACAGGCAGGAAUGGUGACAUCUCCUAAGGAAUGAUGGCAUCUCCUGAGGAAUGAUGGCAUCUCCUAAGGAUUCGUAGCCUCUGAGAAGCAGUCUACUGAUCACUAGUAUCUGUGACCAGCAGACCUGUUGAACAGCAAUGGAGAGCUCUGUGGUCUGAAACAACGGGCAGAGCUGCCGUGGUCCCAGGAGAGUCAGGACUGACUUCAAGCAGGAUCAUCUCAGAACCUCAACCUGCAAGGAAGAACCUGUAGCCUAUUUGUGCUGACCACAGGCAGCCGAGUGAGGCAUCAUGAAAAGCCGGCAGGAAGUAAAAUCCUUGAAGAAAUCUUCCAUCCCAGGUGUUCUUAUCACCCAGUUUGUGGAGGACAUUCCAAAAGGAUGCACUACUCCUGACUUUGAGAAGAAGCCUCUCUCUCUGACAUUGCAGGAAGGUAAAAAUGCCAUUUUCAGAGCUGUGGUCAAAGGAGUCCCAACCCCUGACGUAAAAUGGACACGUAUGCUAGGAGGAAUGGAUAAUCCUGCCAAAUAUGAAACCUUCUUCAAUAGCACAACAAAUGAAUUCAUCCUGCAGAUAAACCGCCUCACGACCUCUGACAGUGACCUCUAUCAUUGCUCUGCUGUGAAUGAAUACGGGGAAGCCUCAUGUUCUGCUGGCCUCAAGAUCAUCCAAGUUGGCUUUAAGAAGAGAGCAAAAUAUGUUCCUGUUAAUCCUGCUGAAGCUUUAAGGAAGGAGCUUCAGGAGUUCCGGAAGCGGCUGAGGAAGCGGGCCCCAGCACCAAAACCAAAACCUUUGGACAAAGAAGCAAUCUACCAAUUGUUGCUGCAUGCAGAUAAAAGAGAUUAUGAGAAAAUCUGUAUGAAAUAUGGAAUUGCUGACUUCCGUGGGAUGCUGAAAAAGCUGCAGGAGUUAAGGAAGGACACAGAGAGUGAACAAGGAGAGUUACUACACAGUAUCAAAAACUUCACGCACAUCAAAGUCAACAAAGAGGGAAAAGCUACAUUCAGCCUGGAGAUGAACCUGAAAAACAGUAACAGCAAAGUUUAUCUGCUUAAGGAUGGUCAGCGGCUCAGAUAUGGAACAGGGGAUGAAUACAGAAAGCACUGCCUGAGGAGAAUUGGAAAAAAGUAUCAAUUCAUUAUCAAUGAUGUGCAGCCAGAAGAUGCAGGCUUGUACCAAGUCAGAGUGGAGGAUGUACCUGUUUUCUCAACUGCACUGGACCCUGAGUCCAUCCCGGUGAGGUUCGAGCAGCCCCUCAGCGACGCGCGUUGUCCUGAGGACGAAGACGCCACCUUUGAGUGCCUCCUCCGCACGCCCUGCUACGACGCUGUGUGGCUGCACAAAACCCACCUCCUCGAGGGAAGUGAGAAGUACCAGAUCUCUGUAACACCUGAUGGCCUGACCCACAAGCUGGUUAUCAAAAAUGUCGGGCCCUCUGACAAUGGCAUGUACACGCUCGACACCGGCCUCUGCUCCUCGAACGCCUGGCUUAUCGUAGAGUAUGCCAAAGGGAAGAGGAAACAGGGUGAAGGAGACGAAAGGGAGGAGAUGGAGUGGCCAAAAGAAACGUUGCCAGAACUAGAGAAGGCAAAGAAACUUCGACACAGAGAACGUGUUGGUGCUGAAGAUGAUCUUAUGGACACUGGCGUGGAGAAAGAUGGCUGGUACAGAAAUGGUGAAGGCCACUCUGAUGUUGAUGGAAGCCACAGAUUUUUGGGAAAGAAAGGGCUACGGAAAGUCCAACAAAAUGAAAGGACAGGGCAGUUUUCUGGAGUAGACUCAGAUGGAGACUCAGGGCCAAAGGAUUGUAGUAUCUUUGGAUUAAAAAGCUUAGGAGGCAGAAGUGGCUUAAGGCCUGUCCAUGGCAAGGAUUCUAUGACAGGAAGAGCAGGUGAUGAAGUAGGAGGAGCAGGUGAAUGGUGUUCUGUAGAUGGCACAGAUGGUCGUAUGCUGGGUGCUGUUAACCUUGCCAUGAAAGAUGGAGGAGGUGUGGGCUCUCAGCGUGACAAGGAUGGAAAAUUGGGUGAUACUGGUUACAGAGCUGGUUUUGGGGGUGUUGGGAGAUUAGGUGCUCCUGAUGCAGGGGAGAGACCUGGGUAUACUUAUGGAAAGGAUGGUCUCCCAUCCCAUCCAGGGGGAUUUGGUGGUGCUGGUGGAGCUGGUGCAGGAGGAGUUGGGUCUCCCUAUGGAAAGGAUGGUUUCCCAGCUGGGGCUGGUGUUGGUGCUGGUGGGGCUGGUGCAGGAGGAAUUGUUUUUCCCUAUGGAAAGGAUGGUCUCCCUGCUGGGGCUGGUGCUGCUGGAGCUGGUGCAGCAGGACCUGGGUAUACUUAUGGAAAGGAUGGUCUCCCUGCUGGAGGGGAAUUUGGUGGUGCAGGAGGAGCUGGUGCAGGGGGAGUUGUUUCUCAUUAUGAAAAGGAUGGCCUUCCAGCUGGGGCUGGUUUUGGAGCUGGUGCUGGUGGAGCUGGUGUGGGAGGAUUUGGGGGUCCCUAUGGAAAGGAUGGCCUUCCAGCUGGGGCUGGUGGAGCUGGUGCUGGUGGAGCUGGUGUGGGAGGAUUUGGGGGUCCCUAUGGAAAGGAUGGUCUCCCAGCUGGGGCUGGAGUUGGUGUUCCUGGUGAAGCAGUUAGGGGGGGACCUGGAUCUCCCUAUGGAAGGGAUGGUCUCCCUCCUGGAUGGGGUGUUGAUGCUGCUGGUGUAGCUGUUGCAGGGACAGUUGGGGCUGCAUAUGGAAAGGAUGGUCUUCCUGUUGGAACAGGCUUUGGUGGUGCUGGCAUAGCUGUUACAGAGGCAACCGGGUAUCCAUAUGGAAAGGAUGGUCUCCCUGCUGGGGCUGGUUUUGGAGGUGCUGGUGGGACUGGUGCAGGGGGAGUUGGGGGUCCAUAUGGAAAGGAUGGUCUCCCAGCUGGGGGUGGUAUUGGUGUUCCUGGUGUAGCUGGUGCAGGAGUUGGUUUUCCCUAUGGAAAAGAUGGUCUCUCUGCUGGGGCUGGUGCUGGUGGAGCUGGUGCAGCAGGACCUGGGUAUACUUAUGGAAAGGAUGGUCUCCCUGUCGGGGCUGGUGUUGGUGUUGCUGGCAGAGCUGGUGUGGGGGCAGGUGGGGGUCCCUAUGGAAAGGAUGGUCUUCCAGCUGGGGCUGGUGCAGCCGGUCUGGGGGGAUAUGGGGGUCCCUAUGGAAAGGAUGGCCUCCCAGCUGGUGCUGGUGGAGCUGGUGCUGGUGGAGCUGGUGUGGGAGGAUUUGGGGGUCCCUAUGGAAAGGAUGGCCUUCCAGCUGGGGCUGGUGGAGCUGGUGCUGGUGGAGCUGGUGUGGGAGGAUUUGGGGGUCCUUAUGGAAAGGAUGGCCUUCCAGCUGGGGCUGGUGGAGCUGGUGCUGGUGGAGCUGGUGUGGGAGGAUUUGGGGGUCCUUAUGGAAAGGAUGGCCUUCCAGCUGGGGCUGGUGGAGCUGGUGCUGGUGGAGCUGGUGUGGGAGGAUUUGGGGGUCCCUAUGGAAAGGAUGGCCUUCCAGCUGGGGCUGGUGGAGCUGGUGCUGGUGGAGCUGGUGUGGGAGGAUUUGGGGGUCCUUAUGGAAAGGAUGGCCUUCCAGCUGGGGCUGGUGGAGCUGGUGCUGGUGGAGCUGGUGUGGGAGGAUUUGGGGGUCUCUAUGGAAAGGAUGGCCUUCCAGCUGGGGCUGGUGGAGCUGGUGCUGGUGGAGCUGGUGUGGGAGGAUUUGGGGGUCCUUAUGGAAAGGAUGGCCUUCCAGCUGGGGCUGGUGGAGCUGGUGCUGGUGGAGCUGGUGUGGGAGGAUUUGGGGGUCCUUAUGGAAAGGAUGGCCUUCCAGCUGGGGCUGGUGGAGCUGGUGCUGGUGGAGCUGGUGUGGGAGGAUUUGGGGGUCCUUAUGGAAAGGAUGGCCUUCCAGCUGGGGCUGGUGGAGCUGGUGCUGGUGGAGCUGGUGUGGGAGGAUUUGGGGGUCCUUAUGGAAAGGAUGGCCUUCCAGCUGGUGCUGGUGGAGCUGGUGUGGGAGGAUUUGGGGGUCCCUAUGGAAAGGAUGGCCUUCCAGCUGGGGCUGGUGGAGCUGGUGCUGGUGUAGCUGGUGCAGGGGGAGUUGGGGGUCCCUAUGGAAAGGAUGGUCUCCCAGCUGGAGCAGGAUUUAGCGGUGCUGGUGGAGCUGAUGCAGGAGGAGCUGGAUCUCCCUUUGGAAAGGAUGGUCUCCCAGCAGGGACUGGUAUUGGUGGUGCUGGUGGAGGAUUUGCAGGAGGAGUUGGGAGUCUAUAUGGAAAGGAUGGUCUCCCAGCAGGGGCUGGUGUUACUGGUGCUGGUGUAGCUGCUGCAGGAGGAUUUGGCUUUCCAUAUGGAAUAGAUGGUGUCCCAGCUGGAGCAGGCCUUGGUGUUCCUGGUGUAUCUGGUGGAGGAGGAGUUGGGUUUCCCUAUGCAAAGGAUGGUCUCCCAGCUGGAGCUGGUAUUGGUGGUGGUGCUGCUGGAGCUGGUGUGGGGGCAGUUGGUUUUCCCUAUGGAAAGGAUGGUCUCCCUGCUGGCGCUGAUGCUGCUGGAGCUGGUGCAGCAGGACCUGGGUAUACUUACGGAAAGGAUGGUCUCCCUGUUGGGGCUGGUGUUGGUGUUCCUGGUGGAGCAGGUGUGGGCACAGUUGGGGGUCCCUAUGGAAAGGAUGGCCUUCCAGCUGGGGCUGGUGCUGGUGUUCCUGGUGUAGCUGGUGUGGGGGCAGGCGUGGGUCCCUAUGGAAAGGAUGGCCUUCCAGCUGGGGCUGGUGGAGCUGGUGCUGGUGGAGCUGGUGUGGGAGGAUUUGGGGGUCCCUAUGGAAAGGAUGGCCUUCCAGCUGGGGCUGGUGGAGCUGGUGCUGGUGGAGCUGGUGUGGGAGGAUUUGGGGGUCCUUAUGGAAAGGAUGGCCUUCCAGCUGGGGCUGGUGGAGCUGGUGCUGGUGGAGCUGGUGUGGGAGGAUUUGGGGGCCCCUAUGGAAAGGAUGGCCUUCCAGCUGGUGUUGGUGCAGGGGGAGUUGGAGGUCCCUAUGGAAAGGAUGGCCUUCCAGCUGGGGCUGGUGUUGGUGUUCCUGGAGGAGCUGGUGUGGGGGCAGUUGGGGGUCCCUAUGGAAAGGAUGGUCUCCCAGCUGGUGCUGGUGUAGCUGGUGCAGGGGGAUUUGGGGGUCUCUAUGGAAAGGAUGGCCUUCCAGCUGGGGCUGGUGGAGCUGGUGCUGGUGGAGCUGGUGUGGGAGGAUUUGGGGGUCUGUAUGGAAAGGAUGGCCUUCCAGCUGGGGCUGGUGGAGCUGGUGCUGGUGGAGCUGGUGUGGGAGGAUUUGGGGGUCCUUAUGGAAAGGAUGGCCUUCCAGCUGGGGCUGGUGGAGCUGGUGUUGGUGAAGCUGGUGCAGGGGGAGUUGAGGGUCCCUAUGGAAAGGAUGGUCUCCCAGCUGGUGUUGGUGUAGCUGGUGCAGGGGGAGUUGGGGGUCCAUAUGGAAAGGAUGGUCUCCCUGCUGGAGUGGGUUUUGGUGGUGCUGGUUUAGCUGGUGCCGGAGGAGUUGGCUCUCCCUAUGAAAAGGAUGGUCUUCCAGCUGGGGCUGGUGUUGGUGUUCCUGGUGGAGCUGUUGUGGGGACUGCUGGGGGUCCAUAUGGAAAGGAUGGUCUCCCAGCUGGGGCUGGUGUUGGUGUUCCUGGUGGAGCUGGUGUGGGGGCAGGUGGGGGUCUCUAUGGAAAGGAUGGCCUUCCAGCUGGGGCUGGUGGAGCUGGUGCUGGUGGAGCUGGUGUGGGGGGAUUUGGGGGUCCUUAUGGAAAGGAUGGUCUCCCAGCUGCGGCUGGUGGAGCUGGUGCAGGGGGAUUUGGGGGUCCCUAUGGAAAGGAUGGCCUUCCAGCUGGGGCUGGUGGAGCUGGUGUGGGAGGAUUUGGGGGUCCUUAUGGAAAGGAUGGUCCCCCAGCUGGGGCUGGUGGUGUAGCUGGUGGAGCUGGUGUGUGGGGACCUGGAUCUUCCUAUGGAAGGGAUGGUGUCCCUGCUGGAGUGGGUGUUGGUGGUGCUGGUGUAGGGGGAAUUGCUUCUCAUUAUGGAAGGGAUGGUCUUCCAGCUGGGGCUGUGGCAGGAGCUGCUCAUUUUCCUUUUGGAGGAGAUGAAGUAAUGGGAUCUCGCUAUGGCAGGGAUGUUCUGCUGAGCAGAGCUCAUGGACAUGGCAGUGGAGCAGGAGGAGAUGGCUUUUUCUCAGAAGGUGAUGGUCUUGGUGGUUCUGCUGUGUGGGGUGCUGGGUCUCCCUAUGGGAAGGACAGUGGGUCAGCUGGAGCCAGGGCUGGUGUGGGUGCAGGUGGCAGGCUGGGAGCUGAUGAAAGGGAGUUACCUUCAGUCCAUAGCAAAGAUGGUGUGGUAGGUGCUGUUGGGCGAGGUGGUGGAUAUCCUGGCAAAUCUUCGAGUGGAGGUGAAACUGGAAAGGGCACUACCAAUGAUCUCAGAGGAUCAGGGAAGGAAGGUUCAGCUCUUCAGAAAGAGUCACUUUCAGGUCAAGGAGAUGCCAGGGGUGAGGGCAGAGAUUUAGGACAUGUAGAGUCCCGUUAUGGCAAAACUUCUGUCCUUGGAGGAGCAGGGAGAAAACCCCAUAAUAGAUCUGUUGGCGGGAGGAAUUCAGGUGGUUUUGGUCAAAGUCCAUCAGAUUUUGGUCAGAUGCCAGAUCUUUAUCCUGGACCUCCUUCAAUAAACCUGAGAAAUCAGGAACCUGACCUUGAGAUGAAAGCAUAUGAUUUCUUGAAGAAUACAGAAAGUACUGAAAAAAGAAGACAUUAUUCCCUCGAUGAUCUGAGAGUGCCACGCUGUUAUGUCAACAAGCAGUUACUUAAUGUCAGAGUCCUGAAAGGGGAACCAGCUGAGCUGUCUUGCACUGUCAGUAAAGAGGAUGUGACAGGAACCUGGUUUAAAGAUGGAUUAAAGUUAAAAAGCAUGGAUGGAGUAAUCAUUGAAAAGCAAGGUCUAGUCCACAAACUAAUUAUUAACAAAGUGGAAGAUAUUCAUGCUGGGAAAUACAGGUUUGAAGGUGGAGAUAUAAAAACUGAAGCUUCCAUUUUUGUUGAAGAUCCUCCCCAGGUGGACAAAGUUCUCCUCAAAAACUUAACAAGUGUCCCUACCGUGGCCAAGGCAGGGCAGAAGGUGCAGCUCAGGAUCCCCUUCGAGGGCCGGCUGCCCAUCGCAGCGACGUGGCUGAAGGACAGAAUGGAGCUGGUGGAUGACACAAGGAUUCGUCUGGAUAAAACAGAGACCUUUACCAUGCUCUCCAUCUCCAGCUGUGACAGGAAGGACUGUGGGGAUUACAAAGUCAGGCUGAAGAAUGACAGUGGGGUCCUGGAGAUCAACUUAAAGCUUGUGGUGAUAGACAAGCCACAGCCACCUGCAGGUCCCAUCAAAAUUGUGGAAAGCUCUGCAGACAGCAUCACCAUUCAGUGGAAACCCCCAAGUGAUGAUGGGGGCAAACCAGUGCAGACCUACAUUAUUGAGAGUCAGAAGGUGGGCAACAACGACUGGGUGGCUUUGGGAGAAACCCCCCGGAGCUGUACCACCUUCACCACUAACAAAGUAGAACAAGACAUGAGCUACUACUUCAGGGUGAGAGCUGUGAAUGCUGAGGGGAGCAGCGACGCCCUGGAAUCGGAGGAAGUGAAGGCUGUCAGUAAAGCUACACCUGAUGCCCCAGAUCCCCCUCAGAUUGUCAGCACCAGCAGAGAGACCAUCACAAUAUCCUGGAAAGUCCCUCGGAAAACGGGCAUCUCCAGGAUUGUGGGAUACAUGGUUCAAAAGCGCAAGAAGGGCAGCGUGACCUGGCUGCCAGUCAACAAGGUGCCCACAGCAGACAAGCAGCUGAAGGUGAGCAACCUGAAGCAAGGGCUGCAGUAUGAGUUUCGUGUGGCAGCUGUCAAUGCUGCUGGCACAGGAGAUGCCAGUGAACCCUCCCAGCCUGCCUUUGCCCGGGAUUCCACCAAAUCUCCAGGUCAAGUGCAGGACCUUAAAGUGAGCAACAGUGACUGCACUAGUGUCACUUUGACAUGGAAGGCACCUGAAGCAAAAGAUGGGAAUGUUGUGACAGGCUAUGAGGUGGAGAUACGGUCUUCUGACAGCCUCAACUGGACCAAGUGCAAUGUUCUUCCCAUCGAGGCCACCACUUACACAGUCAAAGGCCUCCAACCCAAGGAGAUAUACCUCCUCCGUGUGAGAGCCCUCAAUGACAGUGGCCCAGGAGAAGCUGUAGAGCUUGAAGCUUGCAUGGAAGAUGCUCCCCCUGUAGUUUCUCCCAGGUUUCUAAUAGAUGACACAGUGAAAAGCUUCCUGGUUAUAAAAGCAGGAAAUCCCAUCCGAGUGAAUAUUCCCUUUGAAGCAGCUCCAGAUCCAGUGGUGACCUGGUUAAAGGAUGGGCUUCCCCUUCCAGACCAGGCUGCAAUAAGCACCAAAGACGAUACCACCCAGCUGCUGAUCGGGGAGUCCGCGUUCACCGACAGCGGCACCUACACCGUUGAGCUCCAGAAUGGGUUGGGGAAAAGAGAAACAUUCACUUUCCAAGUUGAAGUCACAGAUAUCCCACAGCCUCCUGGACCCAUUCAAUUGGAAGAGAAGGUGCUAAAUACAGUGACAGUAACUUGGGAGCCAUCAGCCUCUGAGAAAUGGGAAAAUCACCUGUACUACACAGUCCUGAAACGGGAAUCGGAGAAGGGUGUGUGGCACGUGGUGGGUGACCUGAUCUACACCAACAAGUUCACCUUCACCAAAGUGGUCCCAGGCAGGGAUUACUACUUCAGGGUUCUGGCAAAAAAUAACUUGGGAGCCAGUCGUCCAUCUGAAACUGUGAAGCCCUGGAAAAUUAAAAAACUAAAAGUCCAACCUGAAGUCAAACCACAAAAGCACAGGGAAGUUAAUAAAAACCUACCCCCAAGAUUCCUCGUCCCGUUGAAGCCUCACGUGGUGACAACCGGCAGCGAGUGCCACAUGAGCUGUGCAGUUGGAGGCCAUCCACCUCCCAAGGUGACAUGGUACAAGGACAGCAGAGACCUCUCCGAUGAUCCUGCCUAUUUUUGCACAAACGACUUUGGUGUCUGCUCCCUGGUUGUCCUGUUUGUCACAGAACGUGAUGCAGGACAAUAUAUGGUAGAAGCCAGUAAUGAAUUGGGCCGGGUCUUCAGCAAAGCCUCCCUCACUGUUAAAGACACCUCCCUGUAGCAUGACCUUCCUGAGAACAUCUCAGCACCACGAUGAGAAGGAGAAGGUUUUGACUGUGAACUGGUCUAUAGGAGGGCUGUGUGUUUGUUUUCAGAUGUGCAUUCUAGUCUUGCUGUUUGAUUUGUCAGAUCCAAAAGUUGCCUUUUGAACACGAUGCUGUAAAAAUGGGGGGAAAAGGCUUUAAGAGGAUUGUAUUUUUUGGUAACGACCAUGGCUUUCCACUAACCUUUAAAACACAGAUUAGAAGCUUCAGGAACACAGAAAAUGAGAGGAAAAAUAAUUGGCCAAAAUGCAACUUUUCCCAGGCAUGAGAGAUCCUUCUGCUUCACCUGCUGCAGGCUGCAACAAUAAUAUCUCUUGACUCCAGAGAUCUGGGAAGUUGGCCUUUGAGCCUGUGGUUUUCCAAUCCAAAGAAUGAAUUUCAGAUUCCACAUAAUUCUCAGCAGGUUUCCUAAUUCUGGUAGAGGCAGUUCUGCAUGGAUUCCACUACCCAAGUUAAGUAUUGCAAAGAGUUAUCUGGUAGAUCCUAGUUUUAUCUGGGCAAGAGAGACAUUCUCAGCCCAGGCUUACAUGGGGCAGUGCUGCUCACAGGGGAAAUGCCGUGAUGGGAAUGAAUGGAAACCUAGAAUCAGUUGUAUUGAUGUGAGCAGAUCAAUGCUGGACUUAAAGAACUUACCAGAGCAAGUGCUGUGAAAAAGGAUGUUAUUCCUAAACUACCACGUUAACACCUCUGAAAUUUAACUGCCUCAUGACACUGCUAGAAUGUUUUUGCCAGAUGUGAGAAGAGGUUAAAAGUCUCCAGAGCAGAAAUAUGAGGUGCCACUAGAGAUCUUCAGCCAUGUCUGGGGAAUUCCAUCACUGAGUGGAGAAGAUUGGAAAGCAAAAAUGUUGUGAUGCUUGUGUGAACACAAAGCAUGGAGCCUCAGCACCAAAGGUACUUGGGUGACAGCAUCUGGAGGACUGGAGAGUAUAGAUCAAAGACUUAAAGGCACUGGACCCUCAGGCAGCCAGUCAAACAUCUCUGUGGGGCUGAAAUGUUCUUUUGGUUUAUAUUUUGUACAAUGUUGUACAGAUAUAGCAACAGUAGAUUAUGAAAUUAAACCAUCAUUCAAUAAAAUCUA